AUAAAAGGAAGACGAAGAAGACACAAUGACAACACUCAAGUGAGGAGCGCCAGAGAAACAGCGCCUGGCUGCUUGUGGUGGAGAACGAUAUUUUUUUUGUUCUUUUUAAAUCAUUACACCAUGGAGGUCAUUGUCGAUUUCCUCAACAUGUUACACACGGAGGUCAGUGGAGUAUCUGUGGCGCUCGGCCUCCUCUUCCUGACUCUUCUAUACUGGUAUUCCAUCUACCCCUUUUCUGUCCUUGCUCGAUGUGGAAUCAAACAUCCUAAGCCGGUUCCUUUUUUUGGAAACCUUUUCCUGUUUCGUCAGGGUUUUUUCCAUCCUGUGUCUGACCUCAUAAAGACACAUGGCAGAGUUUGUGGGUAUUAUUUGGGGAGGAGAGCAGUGGUGGUAGUGGCAGACCCCGACAUGCUCAGACAAGUGAUGGUGAGAGAGUUCAGCAGCUUUCCAAACCGAAUGACUAUUCGCUUUGCCACCAAACCGAUGAGCGAUUGUCUUCUCAUGUUAAGGAAUGAACAGUGGAAGAGAGUUCGAAGUAUCUUGACCCCGUCCUUCAGUGCUGCCAAAAUGAAAGAGAUGGUUCCUCUCAUCCAAACAGCCACGACUGCUCUGAUGAACAACUUAGAGGUCUAUGCUGGAUCUGGGGAGGCUUUUGACAUCCACAGGUGUUUCGGCUGCUUCACUAUGGACGUCAUUGGCAGCGUGGCGUUUGCAACGCAGGUGGACUCUCAGAACAACCCAGAUGACCCGUUUGUCCGUCACGCUCAGAUGUUCUUCUCCUUUUCUUUCUUCAGGCCCAUCAUGCUGUUUUUUAUUGCUUUUCCGCACAUCAUGGCUCCGCUGGUAGGAAUUAUCCCCAAUAAACGGCGGCUUCAAAUGAAUGAGUUCUUCAUCAACAGCAUUCAGAGGAUCAUCAGACAGAGAGAGGAGCAACCUCCUGAGCAGAGGCGUCGAGACUUCCUUCAGCUUAUGUUGGAUGCACGCAGCAGCAAGGAAGGUGCAUCCUCGGAGCACUUUGACACAGCGAGCCACCAGCAGCCGUCUACUCCAAGCCCAGAGGAUAGUCUUCACCCUACUGAUUCGCCCACCCAGCGCCCAUCAAAAAAACUGAUCACCGAAGAUGAGAUUGUUGGCCAAGCGUUAGUCUUCCUGCUGGCGGGCUAUGAAACAAGCAGCAACACACUGGGCUUCACCUGCUACCUCCUGGCGCUUCAUCCGGAGUGUCAGCACCGAGUCCAGGAGGAGGUGGAUGGCUUCUUCAGCAGACAUGAAUCACCCGACUACUCUAAUGUCCAGGAGCUGAAAUAUUUAGAUAUGGUCGUAUGUGAAGCAUUGCGUCUCUAUCCUCCUGGAUUCAGGUUUGCACGAGACAUUGAUCAGGACUGCGUGGUGAACGGCGUUCUCCUCCCGAAAGGAGCUUCAUUGGAGAUCCCCGCUGGCUUCCUGCACUACGACCCGGAGCACUGGCCAGAGCCGGAGAAAUUCAUCCCCGAGAGAUUCACUCCUGAGGCAAAAGCCAGCAGACAUCCAUUCGUGUACCUGCCUUUUGGGGCCGGGCCCCGCAACUGUGUGGGCAUGAGGCUCGCCCAACUGGAGAUCAAGAUGGCUCUGGUUCGUCUGUUCCACAGGUUCACCAUUAUAAAGUGCUCUGAAACAAAGGUGCCACUUGAGUUGAAGUCCAACAGCACCCUGGGACCCAAAAAUGGCAUUUUUGUCAAAAUAUCGAGAAGAGACAAAAGUGAAAUCUGAGUGCUGAACUUUAUGAGUUCCAAAAGAAUUACAACACAUCAAUCUUGUGAUGUUACUGAUUAGCUGCUUGUUUGGUUUAUCAUAGGAAUGCUUUAUUGAUGCCAGAAUAGUUAAAGAAGUGCAUUAUUUGCUUCUACGUCUGGUAAAUGAACAAAUAUAUAAAACAAGUUGAACUGCCUACCAGUGGCAUAUUAAACCACAAACACUGCUAAUGACUGCAAAGUGAUUCUGCACAAUAUUUAGGGUGGAGUGUAAAUAUGUGAUUUACUGAGGAUUACCAAUAAAAGGCUGUGUUGAAAAUUA